AUGAAAACUAAGGAGGGUCCUGAACCAAAAAGCAAUAGGCUCGAUACAAUUACAAGACUGGUGUUGGAGAAAAAGCUAAAAGAACGGCAAACCAAAGCUAUAGAUUUUCCCACCACAGUCUCAAAACUAUCUCCCUUCACGGGUGCAAAGCUUUCCAAUAAAAUCGUAUUAAAAGAAACUCGACGUGAAGUGGAAAAUUCGCCCUCCGAAGUAGUCACGCCGUCUCCCUCCAGUGAUAAGCGUUCAAGUGUUGAAACCAAAUCGAAUGAACCUCAACAUGAAGUAGUGAAUUCUCCCCCCAGCAGUGAACAUCUAGCCAUGGAAACCAAAUCGAAUGAACCUCAACAUGAAGUAGUGAAUUCUCCCCCCAGCAGUGAACAUCUAGCCAUGGAAACCAAAUCGAAUGAACCUCAACAUGAAGUAGUGAAUUCUCCCCCCAGCAGUGAACAUCUAGCCAUGGAAACCAAAUCGAAUGAACCUCAACAUGAAGUAGUGAAUUCUCCCCCCAGCAGUGAACAUCUAGCCAUGGAAACCAAAUCGAAUGAACCUCAACAUGAAGUAGUGAAUUCUUCCCCCAGCAGUGAACAUCUAGCCAUGGAAACCAAAUCGAAUGAACCUCAACAUGAAGUAGUGAAUUCUCCCCCCAGCAGUGAACAUCUAGCCAUGGAAACCAAAUCGAAAGAACCUCAACAUGAAAUAGUGAAUUCUCCCCCAGCAGUGAACAACUAG